CAGCACUCGCAGUUGUUAGGAUUCGCCGCCGGCCGCCGCAAUGUCCCGCCGCAGCGACCCAACCGAGCCGCCGCCGGCGAAAUCCCCAAUGCUAUCGAGCCCCACCACUAUCAACUCCCUCGGCGAGGACCUCCUGCUCGAGAUCUUCCUCCGCCUCCCCUCCCUCGCGACGCUCGUCCGCGCCGCCCUCACCUGCCGUCCGUGGCGCCGCGCGGUGGCCUCCUCCCCCGCCUUCCGCCGCCGCUUCCGCGAGCUCCACCCGGCGCCCCUGCUCGGCCUCGUCGUGGAGCCCCAGCACGACGCCCUCCCGGCCUUCUCGCCCGCCCAGCGCCGCGACCGCGACGUGCUCGCGGCCAUCCGCGGUGGCGACUUCGCCUUCACCCCUCUCCUGGAUCCCCAAGACCACGCGUUGGACGCGCCCCUCCGCUGGCGCAUCCAGGACUGCCGCGGCGGGUACCUCCUCCUCUUGAACUGGGACGCCGGGUUACUCGCCACCGUUAACCCCUUGGCCCCAUGGGGCACAGAAUACUUUGAUUUCCCUUUCGAUAUGGAGGCUUCGCCAGGAAAUCCUGACCAACAACCUGUCUCGCUCGACGUGCAUUUGCUUUCCUCGGAUGAAGACCCCAUGUGGUUCCAACUUGUGUGGCUUCUUUAUGAAAAAUCCAGGGUUCAGGUGGUCGUCUUCUUGUCGGACACCAGCGAUUGGUACUUCCUCCCAUGGUUUGAGGUAAAGGAGAGGCUGCCGCCACAAGAUGCUGACAAAUAUUGGCUUCAGUCUGGGUCACAAGCUAAUGGCACUGUGUACUGGCCUUUCACGAACCAGGAGCACAUGCUGAAGCUGGACACAGACACAAUGGAGUUCUCUGUUUCAGAGCUUCCACCGUACUUAAAGGGUCGGCAGGGUUGCCGCUUUGUUGUUGGCGAAACCAAGGAUGGUGUGCUUUGCAUUGUCUUUUGCACUGGCUUGAGCAUUGGUGUGUUGAUGAACAGAGUUGAUGAUGAUGGUGUUGAGAGUUGGAUUCUGAGUGGCAUGGUCCAUUAUGAGGUAGGGGCGGACCCCCCGAUAAACAAUCAUACACUGCAAGUCAUGGCUAUUGAGGAUGGGUUUGUCUACUUCACCACAUCAGAGAUGGUCCUGGUGUUAUGCUUAGAAACAAUGAAGCUGGAGAAGCUGUUUCCGAGGAGUUUUCGUGCCCAUCAUUUCCAUCCCUACGUUAUGGCAUGGCCUCCUUCUUUAUUGGGAAACUAUGGGAGCUUUUUUGUUCAAGAUGGCGCCAACAAUGCAAAUUAGGUCAGAAGCAAUGACAUAAUUUCAAAGUGGUAUGAAGGAGAUGCGUUUUGAUGUUUUGGUGUUAGAGCUAUCAGCCACCAGCCUACAUGUUGAAGUCACUUCCUUCUAUGUGCUAUUUCAAGAGCCUUUAUGAAAUGCAUGGCUCCCCAAUGUUAGGGACAUGUUCCGUACCUGGCUAAUGGUGAACAAUACUUUCAACCCGCUUCUGUUUUGAAGGUCACUGUAAAGCUUGGAAUAUUUUUUCUCAGGCACCUUUUAUUAAGUAACGCUAUAUACAAAAUCAAUCAACUUAGUACCUUGCAUAUGCAUGGCGUAUUGGCCCAUUUGGAAGAUAUAUGCAUGUUUAUUCAUGCUUUGUCCUGUGUUUGA